GUCUCGCGAGAGCUGAGCGGGCCUCGGGCCGUUCGCCAUGGCCGGCGAGCAGGGGAGGGCCGGACGGUUCCGCGGGGCGGAGGCGCGCACCAGCCUGGCCGCUUUCUUGCUGGGCGGCUCCGUGGUGGCUGCCGUGCCUCUCCUGCUCCGGGCCGGCUUCCAAGGCCGGGCCGCUCUGGCCCUCCACGUCGCCGGCGCCAACGCGACGCUCCUAUUGGCCUGGGGCCGAGCGCCGGGCGGGAUGUACCAGAUCGCGAUCCGGGCCUGUUUCCUGGGCUUUGCGUUCGGGUGCGGCUUGCUGCUCAGCUUCAGGCAGUCUUCCUGGAAACAUUUUGGCUGGUACAUGUGUUCGUUGUCCCUCUUCCAUUAUUCAGAAUAUUUGGUCACGGCGGUCAACAACCCCCGUAGCCUGUCCCUGGACUCCUUCCUGCUCAACCACAGCUUUGAAUACAAGAUGGCCGCCCUUUCCUCGUGGGUUGAGUUCACCGUGGAAAAAUUCAUUUUCCCAGAGCUGAAGCAGGUGGGCUGGCUGAGCUCCGCUGGGCUGCUGAUGGUCGUCCUGGGCGACUUCCUGCGCAAGGCAGCCAUGCUGACGGCUGGCUCGAAUUUCAACCACAUCGUCCAGAACGAGAAGUCGGCAUCACACCGGCUGGUGACGCAGGGCGUAUACGGCUGGUGCCGGCACCCUUCGUACGUGGGCUGGUUCUACUGGAGCAUCGGAACUCAGGUACUUCUCUGCAACCCCGUCUGCCUGAUCGGCUACACCCUGGUUUCCUGGCGUUUUUUCCGCGACCGGGUCGAGGAGGAAGAAAGGGCCCUGAUCCACUUUUUCGGAGAGGAAUAUUUAGCCUAUAAGAAGAAGGUACCCUCUGGACUCCCCUUUAUACGGGGCUUCAGAAUCGGACUUUGAGACCCGAGUCACCCCGUCACUUAACACUGGGGGGGGGGGCUCAGGGGGCACAUCCUUCACCAAGGCUGGGGAAAGUCCUCUGAGCACAUGCAGAGGGCUCCAAAAAGUCUAGAGGUUUCUUUUUUAAAAAAAAAAAAAAAAUACACCUUUGUUGGAGGAUUUACGGGGCUGCCUAGAGUUCUCCGACAGCCAUAAGUCUAAUUUUCUUUUCUUUUCUUUUCUUUUUAAAAAAGAGAAAAUUUGCCACUGGGCACUUAUGUGUUGCCCCGAGUCCGAAUUCCCAGCCUGGAUCAAAAGAUUGCGGAGGAAAAAAAAAAUUCCCGCAGAUUAUAUUUCCUCCCCCCCCACACACAAAAAAGAGAAAAUCAUGAAAAUCUGAAUCUCUUCCCGUUUGCCUUUCUUAUGGCUGCUUAACGCUGUUUGAAGCCUGACCUUAACAUCUUUUGUAAAAAAAAAUAAUUAUAAAUUAACUUUUUAUAAGUUGUGAAAUUCGCGCUCAGCUGUUGGAAGCCUGAUCUUAAAAAUUCUUUUGGAAAAUGUCCGAUUAAUUUUAUAGGGUAUAAAAUUCGCAUCCAGCUGUCUUGUAGCAUAAAAUCACUUUUUUUUCCCCCUCUACCAGCCUGCAAUAAUUUUGGUCUGCCAAAGGAAGUUUUGGGGGAUUCUCCCCCCCCCCCCCAUUUACUUAUGCAAAACCUUGAUGACAAAUCUCACAUACGUGUCAGUUUCUACACCUGUUUCCUUCCUUGGUUGUUUUUUUUUAAAUAUUUUAUUAUUUUGCCUUUUUCCCCCCUCUCUGGGCCAAGCGUUUCAACAUUUCUUGCUGUUUCUCUUUUUUCCGUUUAAAUUUCAUUAGCUUGUUCAUUUCAACAUCUCGUUUCCGUAAAGGACCGCGUCAAAAUUGUUUUCUAACUUUGCACAGAUACAGAUUGGUAAAAACCAAACACAUCAUGCUUUCCUUCCUCAAACUUUUCCAAUGGCACACUCCUGUCCCGGUUACAAACCAAAGAUAAAUUUAUUACCUUU